GACUAGUUGUUUCGAAAGCUGCAGUGUAGAUGUUUACUUUAAUUGUAUCAUGUAAAACAGGCUAAUUCUUGCUUUUGUCAGAUGUAUCGUUUGAAUUAUGUAUAGACGAACCUGACGAGGAGUAGAAAACCUACCUGCGAGAUUUAUAAUAAACUGAAUCAUGUAUGGCUCUUUACAACAUUACUAACUAAAGUCGCGGGAUAUGCUGUUAUAUCAACUACAGUCAUCUGUUUGUCUGUGGAUGUGCUUCAGAUGAUGGAGGAUUUCUCAGGCCUGGCUCUGCCUCCUCUGUUCGGGGGUCAUAUUCUGGAAGCAGAGCUGGAGACCGGCAGCGUGGAGCUGGGCCCCAGCGGCAGUGAGCUCCUGGAUAACGACGGGGCCCCACCGGGCCCCGCACAGGACGGAGAAGAUGAGAGGAGAGAGCUGGACAAGAGCAAGUAUCACGCUCUCAGCAAGAGGUGCAAAGAGAUCGAGCAGGUAAAUGAGAAGAUUUUGGGACGUCUUCACCAGGUGCAGAGACUAACACGCCGACUGAGGAAAGAAAGAAGGUUUCUGAUGAAGACUCUGGACUCGUACGGAGAUGAUUACAGGACGGCGCAGCUCACCAUCACCCUGGAGGACGAGGGGAAGGCUGGUUUAGAGACAGCUGCUGGUGCUGAUGAAGACGGCUCUUCUCCAGCGGUUCCUCAUCAGUCAGCAACCGGACCAAAGAAAAAGAGGCACCGGGUCCCAAAGGACAGAGAGCGAGACGCACAGAUGGAGUCGGAGCAUGCGGUCCUGACCGAGGGUCAGUUCUCAGGAUUCCCGAGCCCUGGUUCGCUGACCCCCUGACCCUCAUCACUCCACUGCUUUUCUAGGACAGAAAUUGUUUGUGGCAAAAUUACUUUUUUUAAUAAAUCUUUUUAAUGGGA